AUGGAGCAAAAGCGAAGCAUACCAUCGCAUUACGCAAUUGAACCGCCGUGCGCUGUCAACGGAGACGACGGCGAUACGCCGACGAAUGAUCGCCAUCCGGCGACGUAUAGUUACCCUCUUUCAACCGAUGCUGUAUGUGAUGUGUUUUCUUCACUGAAUAUCGCUCCGGGUAACCGGAUGUACUUUUUGGAGAGUUAUUCCGGUGAAUAUGGCGGUGCCGGAGCUUCGAUAGACGGCGGUUUUGGUGGAAAUAGGAUUUAUUCCAGUGUGGGCCAGUCUACACAUCUUAUGGUGGACCCUCAUCAUCAGUAUAAUAAAGAAGUAGGUUCUUCUAAGUUUGACCCAAGGUCUGACUUUGUUGACCAAAGGUUUGACUUGCUUAAUAAAGAGCAACAAAAGCUUAAUAGUCAUUAUCAUUAUUCACAUUCUGGAACUCUUAAUGGUACUAUGAACAACUCUUUGCGUUUUUCGAGAUUCGUUAUCGAUGAUAAUAAUGAUAAUGUUGCAAGUAGUAAGUUAACGAAUUAUCAACUUUUAAGUAGAAUGUGUUUGAAAGAAUUGAGGGGUAAGAUUGUUUGUCUAGCUAAGGAUCUAAAUGGUUGUAGAUUGUUACAAGCAAAGUUUGAGAAUCCAACCAAGGAAGAGAUUGAGAUUGUUCUGUAUGAGGUUUUGGAUUCGAUAACCGAUUUGAUGAAGGAUCAGUUUGCUAGCUAUUUGAUUCAAAAGCUUAUUGUCGUGUGUAAUGAUGAUCAUAAACUAAGGAUACUUCAUUCCUUGACUAAAGUACCUGUCGAAAUGGUUCUCGUUUGUAUGAACCCACACGGGACUAGAGCAAUGCAAAAGUUGUUGGAGAACUUGACAGUGCCGUGUCACAUAGAUUUAGCGACUCAGGCUUUACGUCCUAGUGCAGCUAGAUUGGCUAAUGAUGCACAUGGUCAUCAUGCUAUCCAGUAUUGCUUAAUUCAUUUCUCUAGUAACUUUAGUGAGUGCACCGAACGUGUUUUGUGUUUGUUGUAA